AUGAUGGCAGCCGGUAUGAACGUCGCUUUACUCAAUUUGUCCUUCGGUACUCGAGAGGAACAUAUUGAUACUAUUAAAAUGUUGCGACAGGCCGCAAAAGAAUACAGUGCCGCCGUAGGAAAGAACUUUCCUUUGGCCAUUGCGGCGCGUUUACCUGGACGGAAAAUAAGAACUGGAAACAUUGCAGAUGCUAAUGUGCCGGUAUGUUUAUGCGGUCACCUUUUGAGCAGCAUGAGAUACAGUAAAAUCCCACUUCGGGCGGAGCUCCUCGACAUUGCAAAUUGUAUAUUAGAUGGAGCUGACGCCUUAGUGCUAUCAGCAGAGACGGCAGUCGGAAUCUGUCCCGUGGAGACGAUAGCGUGUAUGGCUAGCGCAUGUAAAGAAGCGGAAGCCUGCGUUUGGACCAAGAGGACGUUCCAAGAUUUCGUGGAAAAGACCACGGCCAUAGCAAUGUCUGCAGUGUUGGCGGCGUACCGCUCGAUAGCUUCCGCAAUCAUAGUCGUGACGCUGUCCGGCAAAUCAGCGUUUCAAGUGGCCAAGUACAGACCUCGUUGCCCAAUCAUUGCAGUCACAAGGAAUGCUAUAACAGCGAGACAAAUGCAUUUAUAUCGAGGUCUUAUGCCGUUAAUUUAUGAUGCGGCACCAGAAGCAGAUUGGCAAACAUACCUCGAUCAGCGCAUCAGUUUCUGCAUCAAAUUCGCCAUGCAGAGAGGUUUCGUUAAAGUAGGCGACCCACUCGUUAUAGUGUGCGGUUGGAAACUGGGCUCGGAAUUCACCAACACUAUGAGAAUGAUAUACGCCACCGCCGACACUGGACCUGUAUCA